AUGAAUCUUCAGUCUGAUUGCCUUGAUGUUCUAAAAUAUCCCACUUUUUGGAAGGAUACUGUCAAACCUUCACUCAGAGACUUUUUGAGCUUCCGGUAUCUGGAAGGUGAUUUGACUGAUCCGACAACAGAGCACCUUCGGUAUAAAGCAGAGCUGGACACCAUAAGUGACUAUUAUGAUGAGACUUCUGAAGUUGGAAAGAUGAUACAAAAUUGUAUACAAGGUUUUUCGAAAGAAAAAUGCAGUAGAUCAAUAAAAUUCUUUUGGGAAUUACGAGACAUUUGUAAUGAAUCAGAGUUAGUUGACGAGAAGUCAAAAUUGCAAUGGAAAGAAGGGAUAUUUGAAUUUGAAAAAACGGGACUAUGCCAUCUCCGAGAGACCUCAUCUGCCGUGCAAGAAAAACAAAUUUCAAGUUAUACAUCCUACGAGAAGUCUGAAGCACAAACAAAUAACGUGUAUGACAGAGCUGAAAUCUGCACACCAAAGCGAGCCAUUACGCUAAAAAAUAAAGAGAACGAAAAUUUAUGUUAUGAUACUUCACCAAAGUAUAUAUGCAAAAAACCAUUACCAAACCCUUUUUUGGUGAAUAAACAAGGGAAAAAACGUGGUUUUGAAGCCGAGGAAGAUGACGAUGAUGGUGACGAAGAAUUUGAUGCAAAUCUAACGGUUGUUGGUGGAAAAAGUGCUGAAUGGAUCGUAAAUAGUAUUCGAAUCAGAGAACGUCUCAAAGAAUACCAGUUGGAGAAGAAUCCGCCUAAAACGAGUCCGGAAUAUUAUGAUGUUAUAUUUUUCAAUUCUAAUAAAGAUGGGUUUUUAAAGACAUUGGAUGAAAGUAUCUUAACACAAAUGCUCAGCGAUAUAAGUGAGAAAGAAAUUGAAAAUACUGUGGAAAAUGAAAUCAAAUUGCUGUUAGAUCAUGUCAUUGAUCGUGAUAUUAAAAAAACAAAGGAAAAACUCAAACAAGUAAAGGAAGAAGACAUCGCUUUAUUUGAAAAUAAAUUCGCGUUGAAUUUCGUGAGGCAUAUGAUGAGACUAAUGGAAGAUAUCAAUUUAUUACUCGACCCAAUGUCGGAAGGCACAUAUAUUAAUAGUGUCCUAGCGCCCAUUUUCGAUGAAUUUUUUGUCAAAAAUAAAAGACAAUGGCGUGCAUCUUAUGGCGAAACUUGUCUUAAAGCGAGUGCAAGAGACAAAAAUUCGCAAAAAGAAGAUUCUGAACGCCGGUCCACCGGAAAGAAAAUUGACACUAUCAUUGAAUUGCGAGAAGAGAACGAAGAGUUUUCUGUCAUUGAAAUUAGUGGACCGCCGAUGAAAAAUAAUUGGCCCCACUAUAAAGGUGAUCGAUUGAAGAUUGCUAAAAUGUUAAAAACAAUAAUAAACCAUUAUGCGGAACUAAACCCGACUUCUGAUAUUACAUUGGUCAAGCUAUACGGAUUGCAAGCGUAUUUAAAUGAGAUUACUAUCUAUGAAUUUCGACUUAAAUUCGCUGAGAUUUAUACUAUGAGACCAAUAUUAAAAUUUUCCCUUCCAAAAACGUGGGCAGAUAUGGCAAGGGCCACCAAAUCUAUAAUGGGUUUUUUGAAGUAUGAGUCAUUGUUAGUUGAAAGCGCAAAAUCAAUUCAAGAUUUUUUAUGGAAUGAAGGUGGUGAAAUUGAAUCAUUUAAGAAAAUGACAACAC